CAGACUCUCUUCGUUUCUUGUAGGCAACAUUUUGUGAUACGGCCCAGCCCACACAGCAGCACAGCACAACGGUCCCACGCAGCCGCCGCACCCCCGCUCGCACUAGCGCCGCCGCUUGCCCGCACGAACGCCGCCGCUCCCCGGCAAGGGGGACUGGACGAGCACUUACGGACGUCGCAGCACGCUCGAGCGCCGCUGCCCCCCCGCUCGCGACGAACAUCCACCUCCAGCGCUCGCCGUUAUCUCCGGUGGAAAUGCCGUACCCGCCUAUCCAUGUAACAUAGGGAAAUAAGGCAAGAUGGCAAUGGCCACAUCAUCAGCAUACCCUCCGCCUCCACCAUUUUACCGACUUUACAAGGAUUACGAGCAAGAUCCCUCAUCUGCACCAGAACCUCCACCGCCAAUUGAUGGAAUAUAUACAGUCUUUGGUGUUGAGCGCAAAGUAAAUGAGGGGCUGCAAAGCUUGGAGAGUCUAGGUCUCCGCCAGCUUUAUCCAAAGGGUCCCAAUAUUGACUUCAAAAAGGAGCUGAGGACCCUUAACAGAGAGCUUCAACUGCAUAUUUUGGAGCUGGCAGAUAUUUUAGUGGAGAGACCUUCUCAGUACGCUCGCAGGGUAGAAGAUAUUUCACUCAUAUUCCAGAACUUACACCAUCUUCUCAAUUCCCUACGGCCACAUCAGGCAAGGGCCACAUUGAUUCACAUGCUUGAGAGCCAAAUUCAGCGCCGGAAGCAAGCAAUUGAAGAUAUAAAACAGAGGAGACAGGAAGCGCAAACUCUGCUUGGCGAAUCACUGCUUGUCUUAGAUGGAAGCCAAGCUAAUUAGGCUGGUGCCAUUUGACUGUCAGAAGACAGAUUAGUGCUCUAUGAGUUCGAUAGUGUGUGUAGAAGUUUGCUUGCAGGGACAACCCAGAGACGGUAUUGAGAUAUUUCUUGCUUCUUGUGGUGUCUGUUGUCGCCUUGUUGUAUUUCAGCUUUGAUCACUGAAUCUUGUACAUUGAUGGUCGAUGCUAACAUACUCCAGCUACUUCAUGCUUUAACUGUGAUGUUUAUGUUCCAUACCUUUUCUCA